UUUUCCAAUUCUGACUCUUCUCUUUCCGAGAGCUUUUCCUGACCGCGCCUGGCGCUUGUUUUUCAAGAGUUUGAUAAAGCGACAUGGCUCAGACUCGAAAGCCGAGUUCCUUCAGUAUCAGGAGUCUGCUGCUUCCGUCCAGGAGCGAGCAGCUUCCGCCACCGGAUCCGCAGCGAGCUGAAGAGAGCGACCCCGCGGAGAAAGACGAAGAACCGAGCGACAAGCCGCCCUUCAGCUACAACGCGCUGAUUAUGAUGGCAAUCACACAGAGCCCCGAGAAGAGACUGACGCUGAACGGAAUCUACGAGUUCAUCACGAGGAACUUCCCGUUCUACCGGGAGCACAAGCAGGGCUGGCAGAACUCCAUCCGCCACAACCUGAGUCUCAACAAAUGUUUCGUAAAAGUGCCAAGGCAUUAUGAUGACCCCGGGAAAGGCAGCUACUGGAUGCUGGACCCCUCAAGUGACGACGUGUUCAUCGGAGGAACGACGGGCAAACUCCGGAGACGCUCGACCAGCGCCGGAGCAAAGCUGGCCAUCAGACGAGGACUGCGGCUUCCCCCGCUGGGUUUGGGAAUAGACGACACGGCACAUAAUCCUCGAUACUGGCAAAUAUCGCCUUUGUUAUCGUUACACCAUCCGCAUUACAGCGGAGCGCCGCAUGGGUUUCUGACCCACGGUCUCGGUCACGGUUCUUUCGCGCCUGGAACCGAGCCACGGCCCGCUCCCGGGAGCUCUCGCGGUGUGACGAACUCUCACGGGAUGGGGUCCGUGCCGUCAGGCUACUUGCGUCCACCGGCGUUCAGCUGUCAGCAGACGAGCACCGCUCUGUCGUUCUCACCCGCCGUUUCCAGCGCAGCGCUGUCCCACAGAGACAGAGUCUCUCCGGAUGCGUUCUGAACUGAUGGGGAACGGGAUUAAACUGCGGUGAAAUCAUACAAUCCUGGACUGAAUGUUUCCACGCAGUCUUACAUCAGAUCGUGUACUGAUUCGCAGAAAUUGUCUCAGGACACGCUCGGGUUUGAAGUGUUUAUAAUACGCGGUUUCGUGUGCUCGGAAGCGCGAGCGUUCUUACCUUUGGGUGAAAAUGAGCACAUAAUGCGACUUAACUCCGCACUAUUUAUGUGCUGUUCGAUGCCGAGUUAAUUUAUAUGAUAUUUCUGAAGUGUAACUGAUGUCAUGUAUCCAUCCAGGAUCUAUUAAUCAGUCCUGCUGGGA